AUGGUUGGCAUAGACGGGAAUACAUUAUCCAAUGCCGAGAGCUCUUUAGAGCCGGUCAAGAGUGUGGAAUCGGAGACGUGUUCGAUGAAGAAUGAAUCGGAUAUCAAGUCAGACGACGAUGCAUCUGGAUGCGGUGUCUCCCGCUCGCCGACUGCCCUGACGGAAAUCGCUGCUUCCAAUUCAAACGACGGGAAAGAAGAGUCAUCGGCCGUGAACAGUGAUACAUGUGAACGGAAUGUGGACAUCGGGCCCGGCUUCCAUCAACUUUCCGCAUACCAACUUCCUCUGUCGAAACUAGGAGACGAUAGUUCCCAGGGUUCCAGCGACGUCUCAAAGCAUUCAAGGCUUUUUAGCGGUCAUGACACUCCAAGCGGGUCGGCAACUUCAACGUCUUUGGUCUCGUCAUUUGGCCUUGAAAAAUCAAUGACACCUAGUGCUCAGUUGAAUCAGAUGCUCAACACUCCACCUGCCACCGUCUCCGCCAGCGCAUCGUCGGCCUCCCGCAAAUAUCAAAAAGAGCCCCUAUUCCAUCACAAUAGCCAAGCUCGCCCACGAUCGUCGAUUCCCCCUCGAAUGUUGGCGUCCGUCUAUGCCCAACAAUGCGUUGCUGCAGCCUAUUCCUCUCGACUCAACCCCUACGCGCUCCAUAAAGGUGAACAGGAGAUUCUACAAGAUUAUCUUUGCCACCUCCAUGUCACUACAUAUCUUAAUAUCCGGAAUGGUAUUCUUAGGCUGUGGACACGAAACCCUAUGCUCAGCGUUACGGAAGAAGAAGCGCUUGGCUGUGCGAAAGACUGGCGAUGGAUGAAUCUUGCUGCUGUUGCUUACGACUGGCUUGUGCGCAAUGGCUAUAUCAAUUUCGGCUGUAUUGACACCCUCAAAAACCCGAACCCUCCUAAACGAGGUCGCAGGAAAGAGGGUCCAACAAUCGUUAUAAUAGGGGCUGGUAUGGCCGGGUUGGGGUGUGCUAGGCAACUGCAAGGCCUAUUCGAACACUACGAGGGUGAUACAAUGCCACCAAAAAUUAUCGUAUUAGAAGGUCGUAAGCGAAUUGGUGGUCGCAUAUACUCACACCCGCUACAAUCCUUGAAAUCGGACACUUUACCGCCCGGAUCUCGAUCUACCGCAGAGAUGGGGGCCCAGAUUGUUGUCGGUUUUGACCAUGGAAAUCCUUUAGAUCCUAUCAUUCGCUCGCAGCUGGCAUUGCGAUGCCACCUCCUACGUGAUAUUUCCACGAUUUACGACACUGACGGCUAUCCCGUCGAUGAACUGCAAGAUUCGAUGGUGGAAAAGCUCUAUAAUGACGUUCUCAACCGCUCUGGGAUGUAUCGUCAUAAAACAGUCAUAAACAAAACUGCUGAGGGCGACCGAGAGCUGAUUCAUUCCGGGCGAGAUGCUGUUCUCGAUGACGGGAUCACAAUCAGACAAUAUGAAGAUGCCGCUGCGUCCGGAACUGUAGAUUUGCUCCUACCAGCCAAACGACUUCGACGGGGUGUUGGCCACCGAACUGCAGACAUUAAACCAGUAGCCGGCCCUCAGUUAUCCGAUUUCGAAACGGCCGGCGGAAACGCUGCCGCCCUUUCGUAUCAAGCCAUGGGAUGGAAAUUGCGUGAAGGUAUUUCCAGUACGGACACGCUGUCACUAGACGAAAUUGCCGACCUAUCAGAGAAUCAGACAUUGGGCACAGUUAUGGAUGAUGCAAUUCGCCAAUGCCAAAAACUCCUUCCACUGACACCAAAAGAUAUGAGAUUGCUAAACUGGCAUUAUGCCAACCUCGAGUAUGCCAAUGCUGCAAAUCUAGGAAAGCUUAGCCUGGCUGGAUGGGAUCAAGAUAUGGGCAAUGAAUUCGAAGGUGAACAUGCACAGAUUGUUGGCGGAUACCAACAAGUUCCAAGAGGCCUGUGGUCGUAUCCGUCAAAACUCGACGUGCGCACCAACAAGGUAGUCACGAAAAUCUCCUACAAGGCUAAUAAGUCAUCCAAUAACAAGGCACGAGUUUACCUUGACGAUGGUGAGGUGGUUACUGCAGACAAGGUCAUACUUACAGUUCCCCUGGGUGUGCUAAAACGCCAGUCCAUCACGUUUACACCACCUUUACCGACCUGGAAAACCGAUGCCAUUGAUCGCUUGGGAUUUGGGGUCAUGAACAAGGUCAUUCUUGUGUUUGAAAAGCCGUUUUGGGACGUUGACAGAGACAUGAUCGGUCUCCUGCGCGAGCCAGCGGUUCCCGACAGCCUAUCUCAGGAGGACUAUGCUGCUGGUCGGGGCAAGUUCUAUUUGUUCUGGAAUUGCAUGAAGACAAGCGGACUACCUAUGCUUAUUGCUCUAAUGGCUGGGGAUUCAGCACACCAUGCCGAAAAUGUCCCCGAUUCCGAGAUUCUAUACGAGGUCACAUCUCAGCUCCGAAACAUUUUCAAAGGCGCUGCUGUGCCAGAUCCUCUAGAGACUAUUAUCACGCGUUGGGGACAAGAUAGGUUUGCGUGUGGCAGUUAUUCUUACGUCGCUGCAAAAGCAUUACCCGGAGAUUAUGAUUUGAUGGCUAAAUCUAUUGGAAAUUUAUACUUUGCUGGCGAGGCGACAUGUGGCACUCAUCCUGCUACCGUACACGGUGCCUAUCUAUCUGGAUUACGGGCGGCAAAAGAGGUCAUGGAAUCGAUAAUUGGACCAGUUAAAGUGCCGACACCUCUGGUACCGCCUAGGAGCAAAGCAUCGCCCGCCGUCACGCCCAUAACACCACCAACACUUGCUCGCCAGCCAACAGUAAUAAACUCCAAAAAGAGAAAAGAGCCUCCAUUGGGGUCAUCUUCCUUGACAGCCCAAAAUAUAGCUCCUACAGUCAUCGACCAAACAGACCACUUGAAGGCCAACGUGCCUUUCGAAGAAACAUAUGAAAGAGCUAUGUGGGAUGCCAUCAUCGCAGAGUUGGGUCCUGCAGAGCCGCAACCACACAAACAACCCUUGAACCCAUUUUUACUAUAUCAGAAGGACUAUUGGUUCGUUUGUAAAGAUCAAUGCGAUGACGCUCGUCGCCGCAGCUCAGGUAACCCCGAGGCCAAAGCUCCCCGUGAUGAAAUCCGGCAAGCACUUGGGAAAAUGUGGCGUGAUGCGCCCGCGAAUAUCAAGCAGCCGUAUCUCACUCAAAUUGAGGCCAAUCGUGUAUCCAAUAAAGAGAACCUGGCUAAAUGGAAAGAGAAGAUUACAGAGUGGGAGAGACGGACCUAUGAGGUCAAGGACCAGUGGUGUGCGGCGAAUCCGUAUGAUGCAUUUGUCGAGAAGGUGAAAAAGCUGCUUGACGACGGCGGGAGCCGAAAAAUCAGAAAACUCAACUGA